CUCUACCUCUCGCCUCAAAAUCUAAAUUUACCCAACCACCACACUCUUUUCCAUCACCUCACUCACUGAGCUUUGCUUCUCUACCCCCCCCCCUCCCCACCUCCGCCCUUCACUUAUACACCUUCCAUCAGUUCCACAAAUAGCGGAACAAAGAGGUAUACACCACUAUGUUCCGUCCGUUGCCAUUAUGGAAGAGCAUACCUUGCCCAGCAAUAAAAUCUGGAUCAGCCUGUUCCCUACCGCAUUGCUUGUUUUCUCAUUCAAUGGUACCUGCCCCUGCCAUCAUCUCAAGUCUCUCAUCUCCGGCACUCCCGAGCACUCAGUCGCCAGCCAAGAAGGAAGCUUCACCGAGUUCUUCACCACGCCCUCCCACAGUACCAACUCCCACCCCAGUUCAGCCUAAUGUCUCCAUCGCCAAGGACCCAAGGAUUAUCGCUUCAGCAAGAAAUGCCGCACCGCCGUCUGCCAACAGGAAGCGGAGGAUGGCUACGGGUGAUGAAGAUAGCUACGCCUCAUCUAGCAGCGACGGCGGGGUUCCCCUUGGUACAGGUCCCGCGCCGCCGGCCCCCAAGAAGAUCAAAACUGAUGCCGCGCGCGCCGGUUCUGCAGCACCAAUCGCUCCGAAACCCAAGUCAAUCUUGAGAGCUCAUGCGAAAGUAAAUUCGCAAACUCCAUCGUCAACUUUCAAGCCAAACGCGCAGGCUCAAAACUCACCCAAACCGAAAACUCACUCGAAAGCUCGUGCCGAGGAUACCUCUAAGAGUGUUCCGGUACCCCGUGGGGCUGGGGGAGCUUCGGCUCAGACAACCGCACAGCCAUCAGCAACUGGAUCGACAGCCUCCGGAGCCCCAAAGGCUGGAAUAGCGAAACCUGCAACUUCCGGCAAGCCCCUGUCGCUGAACCCUAGACUAGUAGCCGCGGCGCCGGCUACUCAUGAUAUCAGAUUGAGGCUACUGACACUGUUGCAUAAGGAAUAUGUCCGUUUGCAUGAGCACAAGGGGGAUGAGCAGUUGAUGCUACGGUAUGCACUGGAUGAGGAGGAAACGCUCGCUGUCCACAAGAAGCCGAUAUAUACCCAUGCGAUGAAGAAGCGCAUUCUUCAAAUGUCCAAAACGACGCCGGAGGAGUAUAGGAAGUCUCUGGAGGCGGAAAAGGCGAAGCAGCAGAUGAAGAGUGGGGAUGAAAACAUGGCGCCGGCACUUUCGACGGGAAAGACUAUACCGGAGGAACUUAAUGCGUUGAGACCUCUGAUAAAUUCACCAAAUAAGCUGCAGACGUAUGGGUAUAUUCUUGACCCACCCACAGAAAAGGAGAUUAAGCUUUCGUUGGAUGGAUUGAAGUCUGCGGGAGGAUGGGAGCAAUGCGACCGCUGCACCACUAGAUUCCAGGUCUAUCAGGGGCGAAGAGAGGUUGAUGGGCAAUUGGCGAGCGGAGGGAAGUGCAUUUUUCAUUGGGGGAGAUUGAUAUUUUUACAGCGAACCGGAUCAGCAUACCAGGACAACGCUAGAGAGAAGGUCUAUUCCUGCUGUCGCCGCGUCGCCGGGGGACCCGGUUGCACUACAGCUGAGAACCACGUUUUCAAGGUCAGCGAGGCCAAGCGUCUUGCUGCAUCGUGGCCGUUUACCCGCACUCCACCGCCUCCCAAUCCCACUGCCGGCAGUCCCCCUACCGAUUCCCCAGAAUCCAAAGACUCUCCCCCCACGCUAGUCGAAAAAGCCAUCUGCCUAGAUUGCGAAAUGUGCUACACAACCCGCGGAAUGGAACUAAUCCGCAUAACCGCCACUGCCUUCCCCACCGGCGCAAUCGUUAUGGAUUCACUCGUCCGUCCAUUUGGUGAAAUCCUAGACCUAAACACCCGCUUCUCCGGCGUUCACCCGCUAGAAUUCACAUCUGCCCAGCCCUUCACCCCCCAACCGUACCCAACCACUACAACCCUUAUAAACCCCUGCUCCCCCGCCCCCUCCACGCCCCUAUGCAUCAUCCCAUCCCCAUCCGCAGCCCGUGACCUGCUACUCACAUACAUCGACUCUGAAACCCCACUCAUCGGUCACGCGCUCGAAAACGAUCUUAAUGCCCUGCGACUAUGCCACAAGAAUAUUAUCGACACUGCGAUACUGUUCCCGCAUAGUCGAGGUACCCCAGCCAGGAACAAGUUGAAGUACCUUGCGGACGUGCACUUGGGGAGAAGGAUCCAGGUAGAGGGUGCGGCGGACGGUCAUGACAGCGCUGUUGACGCGAGGUGCGCCGGGGAAUUGGUGAGGUACAAGAUUGGUGGGGGGUUGUCGAUGCGAUAA